AUGGAAGCCCCUGUGGAGCCGAGCGAAACGCAAGAAGAUUCGGCACAACUAUCAUCACCUCGUACCCGCCAGCUACUCAUCACGCCAGGCGGCACUAAAUAUUGGAUACCACAAUGUGAGGAUGCACUUAGGCCCUUCAAAGGACAGAUUUUUCACGGGCUUCACGAGGCAGUCAUUUUCUACAACGUGUAUGCUUCUACGGUUGGGUUUGACGUUAGGCACAGCACCCUGAUUAAAGCGAUUGAUAAGACGGUUGUUUGGAAAUACCUAGUAUGUUCGAGAGAGGGCCACAAGCAUCACGCAGACACAAUCCAAGCAAUGCACUCACGAAGACGCAGGGUAUCCAACCGAGUGGGGUGUAACGCCCGGAUUGUCCUUCGAGUUAACGGACCAAACAACUAUAUUGUUCGAUUUUUUGAAGAAAAGCACAGCCAUCCGAUGACGCCCGACGAGUGUAGAGCGCGACUAAAGAUCAAUAGGACAAUGACGGCUGCGCAUCAAACAUUUGUCCUCAACUGUAUAAAGGCCAACAUAGGCCCUAUCAAGUCGUACAAGUUGUACAAAGAGAUUGUAGGAGGAUAUUCCAAUAUCGGUGCCACCAAUGUGGAGUUCAGGAACUUCAAACGAGAGCUCAUGGGCUACAUUUUAGGUGCUGAUGCUCAGUUAGUUAUUGAGAAAUUUUAUAAACAGCAGGAGACUAACUCUGCCUUUUAUUUUCGCUAUGAGCUCGACGAACAUGACUGCCUACAUAGGCUUUUUUGGGCUGAUACAAUAUCAAGACGUAACUAUGGAUCUUUCGGGGAUGUUGUAUCAUUUGAUGCCACAUAUCGCACCAACAGAUCAAAACUGGAUCAAACGGAUGCAAACAGAUCAAAACGAAAUUUUGCUGCCAGACACCUUCCGGCGGCGCGUGAGGGCGCGUGCGGCGCGGAUUCCGGCGACGUCGGCGGCGAUGGAAAGCUCUCGUCGAGACGGUCGUCUGGGUAUACUGUUGUGAACAACUAUUCUUGUUCGCAAGUGACUGAUAGAGUGAUCUUCGGUUCGCCCGAUGACGACCCACCCUAUCUAAGUGCAGAACAACAGAACGUAGAACUUGUUUAA